AUGAUGACAGUCCAGAGGGGAGCUUCGGUCCCCUUGGUUUGUCUCUGGGUCUCUUUAUUCCUGGUGGGUCCGUGUCGGUCCAGCUGUAGGGAGACAGGCGUAUGUUGCACCGGCCGGGACCCGUCGUGCAUCAGCAAAGGGUGGAGGUCUGACCGGUCCUUUGGGCCCUGCUACUGUGACCAAGCCUGUGUCUCCACUCUGGACUGCUGCCACGACUAUGACACAGCGUGCCCAGCGCUGUCCUGUGUGGUGAGCGAGUGGACGGAGUGGUCCGGCUGUGCCGAGCCCUGCAGGGCCACAGUCCGCAGGCGCAGCAGGACGGUCCUGCAGGAGCCGCUCAACGCAGGCAGACCCUGCCCCAACCUGGAGGAGCGAGCCGGCUGCGCCGAGUACUGGUCCAAACGAGCCAACUGUCACAACCCACUUGUCCCAGCAAUGAUUAUCACGGGGGGCUUCGGCAACGCCAGGAAGAAAAGAGACAUCCCUGACAGCAUCAUGGGGUAUUGCGUCCAGUUUCAGUUGACCUCUCUGACCAAAGGGUGCCAGCAGAGUCGGGGCCCACACACCCGGUGGAUGCAGCACCUGAGGGAGGGGCACCAGGUGUGUGUUGAGUGCCGGCCGCCUGCUCUCGCUGCUGGGCAGACGCAUUGCGCUGGAGAUGGAGAGGACCAUUUGGAGAGCAGAAGACAAUCCCUCCAGUGGCAGGCGGUGGGGAAUCCUCGAUGCAGAGGCGCGUGGAGGCGUGUGGGGAGGCUAGAGGCCUGUUCCUGCCCAACAGCCCACAGCUUCCUCUUCAUCUAACCUCCUCCUCCUCCUCCUCUUCCUCCUCUAUAUUUUGACUCCGACUCGUAAAAGAACAGCCUGCCAAAAUAUUAAACACUGGCCUCAUUACAAUGAUCUGUUGUGCUUUCUUCCCCAGAUUGGAGCAACCACAUGUAAACAUUUCAUUGAU